AUGCAUAUUUCUGUAACGAAAUAUGGUGGUGAUACGGAAGAAUUAUUAACAGUGGAAAUAGCUUCGGAUUUAACGAUAAGAGAUUUAAAACUUGUUAUUGCAUCGGAAUCAGAUUUUGGAAUAGAAGCAAACCAAAUGCAUCUUUAUCAUGAUGGUAAACUAUUGAAUGAUGAAGAUCAAACACUGGAACAAACGAAUUUAAGAGAUUAUGAUCUAGUUACUUGUCAGCGAAUAUUAUCCAAUGAUGAUUUAAAUCCAAGAGGAGCUGUUGGUGGAUCUCGUCCAAUGCUUGAUCCACGUAUUCCACAACAACUAUUUAAUGAAUUGCGUUCUAAUCCAUCCGCACUUCAACGACUUCGUCAAAGUGAUCCUCAAUUAGCCGAAGCUGUUCAACGAAAUGAUAUGAGAGCAUUCAUGCAAGUUCUAGUAAGUCGAAUGACAUCUCAACGAGGACAAAGACAACAUCCAUCCGAACUUGAUUUACUUGAUCCAAACAUACAACGACGUAUUGAAGAACAUAUCAAUAUGGAAAAUAUGAAUGAUAAUAUGGAACAUGCUUAUGAGCAUGCACCUGAAUUUUUUGGAAAUGUUGUUAUGCUUUAUAUUAAUUGUAAAAUUAAUGGUCAUUCAGUAAAAGCAUUUGUUGAUUCGGGUGCUCAAAUGACAAUUAUGAGUAAAGCAUGUGCUGAACGUUGUGGAAUUAUGCGUCUGGUUGAUACACGUUUUCAUGGUAUUGCAAAAGGUGUUGGUACACAAAAAAUUCUUGGGCGUAUUCAUUUAGCACAAUUAGAAGUUGAAAAACAAUAUUUUGCUACAUCAUUAUCUGUAUUAGAAGAUCAAUCAAUGGAUAUGUUAAUAGGACUUGAUAUGCUUCGACGUCAUCGAUGUGUCAUUGAUUUGGAGAAAAAUGUUCUUCGAAUCGAAGAUAGUGUUGAAACAAGUUUUCUACCAGAAUCUGAAUUACCAACACAUGCAAGAUUAACGGGUAAUACACCUGAUGUAGAAACCGAUAAUCGUUCCAAUCCACUUUUACAAUCAGGUACAGAAUCUUAUGAACGUCGAAGAACUUCAAACAGAGCUGAUAAUCAAUAUCAAUCAACAACAGCUACACCAUCACCUUUUCCAGAAAAAUCUAUUACAGAAAUAACAAAGAAAGGAUUUACACGAGAACAAGCAAUAGAAGAAUUAAAACUAGCAAAUGGCGAUAUAAUGAAAGCACUUGUUUCGCUUAUGGCAAAAUCUUUAGCAAAACCUAAACGACAAAAUUAA